GCUUGCCAUAAGGGUCCAACCUCUCCACACUGUGAUCCAUAAAUGUCUAUGUCCUGUAAACAUCUGUAGCGUGUGCUGUGUUGAAGGCUGCUAGAGCAGCUUCUCUUCUCUUUUCUCAGUGUCAUCUCAUAGUGAACGCAAACCUCAGUCAGACUUCAACAUGGGAGGGGUGGCAGUCGUGUCGGUGCACUUUUACAAGUUUACUUGAAAUGGUUUCAUUCUGUCUCGUCAUUUUCAUUCGAUGCUUCUUCUUCCGUACAUACGUUUGUAAACACUUCUAGAAAGGAAGGCAUCCGACUUUCCUUGUGUGCCUGCGGACAGCGGUGAUGGGACAGUUGUGCUGGGUGUAGCCUGACAGGAUGGUUAUCAGCUGGAUCCUCUUUAUUGCUACUGUCCUUCGUUUCUCUAUCACUGUCGGCGGCGAGGCAGGACAAAGCGCUGUGUACCUGAAUACGCUGCAGAUCUCAGGUCUUCUGUCCUGCUCUGAGGGCUUCACUGAGCUGGGUUAUUACAGUGGAUCUGUGUCUCAGACGGGCUCUGGCUUUUCCUGUCUAAAAUGGACUGACUUUCCAGACUACAUGCUGCAGUACCCCAAUCGUGGACUUGGCGACCACAACCAAUGUCGAAACCCUGACCGUGCAUCCAACCCCUGGUGCUUUUUCAGACAGAAGUCGGGAGCCAUUGGAUGGGCCUACUGCGACUGCCACCAGGGUGAGGCGCGGCUGGUGGGGGGAUCAUCUAAGAGUGGUCGUCUUGAGGUGCAUCUAAAUGGCCGGUGGGGAGCAGUGUGUGACACCCACCUGACUGAUCGAGAUGCCAGUGUGGUCUGUAGACAACUGAGGCUUGGUGAGAUUGGCACUGCGCUUCGGCAUUCCUAUUUCGGACCCGGUUCUGGUCUCUUUCACUUUGAACGUCUUGGCUGCCAUGGCAAUGAAGAUUCUCUGCUGAAGUGCCGGAGCAGGAAGUAUGUCUCCGGUGACUGUAACCAUGGAAAUGAGGCUGGAGUGGUGUGUGCAGUGCCAGAGGGCAAUGGUGCUCCACUGAGGCUUGUAGGAGGCCUUGAGGAUUUCGAAGGGCGUGUGGAGGUGUACCAUAACGGGAGGUGGGGCACUAUCUGUGAUGACGAAUGGGAUGAUAUUGAUGCUGAAGUGGUUUGCCGACAGUUGGGAUUGGGUGGUGUACCAAAGGCAUGGACGUGGGCGCACUUUGGGCAGGGCACUGGGCCUAUCAUGCUGGACGGAGUGCACUGCACAGGAAAUGAGCUGUCUCUGGAGGAAUGCCCUCAUGCACCCUGGGGCCAGCACAACUGUGAUCACAUGGAGGAUGCUGGAGUCUCGUGUAACCCGUUUUCAGAUGGAGUGUUGCGUCUAGUAGGAGCUGAUAGCCCAUGGGAAGGACGUCUUGAGGUUUAUCACGCUGGAGAAUGGGGCACAGUGUGUGAUGACAACUGGACCGGAAGUCACGCCCAGGUGGUGUGUCGACAGCUGGGUUAUCAAGGGCGAGCUGAGGUAGCUCCAGAUGGGAUGUAUGGAGAGGGCACAGGGGUGAUCCUGCUGGAUGAGGUGACAUGUGAAGGGGGAGAGAGCUCUCUGCUGGACUGUGCUCACGGUCAGUGGGGGCAGCAUGACUGCUCUCACAGUGAGGAUGUGGGCGUACGCUGUGAAAGAGAAGGACAGAACAAUGAGAUCCCUCAAGUGGCUCUUGCCACAGGUCCCCUGGUGAGGCUGGUGGAUGGCGAGAGCCGUAAGGAGGGCCGCGUAGAGGUCUUUAUGAACGGCCAGUGGGGCAGUGUGUGUGAUGAUGGUUGGAAUGACAUCAGCGCUGGAGUGGUCUGCAGACAGCUCGGAUUUGUUGGGGUCUCGAAGGCCCGCUCCAUGGCUUAUUUUGGUGAGGGUCAGGGACCCAUCCAUCUUGAUAAUGUGAAUUGUGUUGGGACAGAGGCUUCAUUAGGGGAGUGUUCAGCUGUGGGUCCGGACGCCCAUGAUUGCAGGCACAGUGAGGACGCAGGGGUCAUCUGUGACUACACCACUGAGCCUGUAAAGUACAGAAGCAUGAGCAAGCAGGAAUGUGGCUUGAAACCCAACACACAAAGGCGCAGGAAAAGGAUCAUUGGAGGAGACAAGUCUCUACGGGGUGACUGGCCGUGGCAAGUAUCUCUGUGGCUGAGGUCUCAAUCGAAAGGCACCCAUCCACUUUGUGGGGCAACUCUCAUCAAUUCCUGUUGGGUCAUAACUGCUGCUCAUUGCUUCAAGAGGUUUGGUUCAGACCCUUCCCGUUAUGCACUACGGCUCGGUGACUACCACACAGAGGAGAGGGAUGACUUUGAGCGCACUCUUUCUCCUGAGCGCAUCAUGAUCCACAGGAAGUACCACAACCAGGGCUGGGAAUAUGAUAUUGCCCUACUGAAGCUGAAGGGCACAGAUGGGAAUUGUGUGGCCUUUAACCCGCACACUAAUGCAGUUUGCCUUCCACCUCAGAGCAACAGGAGAGACAAGAGGCCUAUCGCCUGUGUUAUCACCGGCUGGGGAAUUACAGACUUGGAGUAUUCCCGAACACUGCUGCAAGCCUGGGUUCCUUUACUGCCCUCCUGGAAGUGUAAAAAACGUUACGGCAGUCGCUUCACUAGCCGCAUGUUGUGUGCCGGCAGCUUGUCGAACCAUCGCCGUGUAGACAGCUGUCAGGGUGACAGUGGGGGGCCACUGGUGUGCCGGGGUGAGGCUGGCCACUGGAUGCUCACAGGAAUCAUCUCCUGGGGUCACGGUUGUGGCGACCCCAACUAUCCCGGUGUGUACACACGGGUCAACCGCUUCCUGAAGUGGAUAGAGAAAGUCACCCACAGUACUGGCAAAGCGUGAUGUCACAGUUUUGACAUUAAAACCACUUAUCGCAUUGUAUAAAUUCUAUAUCAUGUAAUGCCUAUGAAGGGGUUACCAGCUGGCCAUUACGUUUACAGCUGGUUUGAUCCUGUUUCAUGUGUUGCACAUUUUACUACUCGCACCAUGCCAUUUCAAUUCCAUUUCUGUACACUUGAAGCCUUCGUGAACAUGCACAAGAACAUCAAGUCUCAUGAUUUUUAGGGACAGCUGCAUUAAGUGAGCAGAGUUUUCCGGGAUUGAAAGGUCGUCGACGGAUAAGCCUUUGUAAAUAAGUCAUUUUGCACUAAUCUGCAUUUAAUAUAAAUGGAGCAUCUGUGGGAUGUCUGUGUUCUGGUCUGGCUCUAAAUUAAUACACAUAUUGCACUUAAAUGUCUUUUGUUGAGGAGGAGUUAACUAAGACAAGGAACGACAUGGAUAUAUGUAAAGAUUCAUAAACACUCCACUUGUAUGUUGGUAAUUUGUACUCUUGUUGAAGGUACCCUACCAUUAUUGAGCUUAUCAUUUAAUUUUUCAAAGGGAUGCAGAGAACCAAUGUCAGAAAAUAAUAUGUUCAGUUUAUUUAUUUGUACUGUAUAACAAUGCAAAAAAUUUCUCAAGCUCCUACCCAACAGAUAAUAUGAUAAUAUCAGUGAUAUUAUGAAGUAUUGGACUGGAUAUUAUGGUGAUGGCCAAAAUAUUUAAAUUAUAUAUUAAUGAUUUUGCGUUCACAUGCAAAAUGUUUGUUUCCCUUUGAAACUUUGCAUUUGCCGGAUGAACAUUUGUGUUUUCCUGCUAAAUUUUUAUGUUCUCCCAAGAAAGUUUGCAUUUUGUGAGUGAACAGAAAACUGCAUGGAAAUACUAUGAUGGGGAUACUAUGAUUUUUUUUUCUAUCACCAUGUUUCCUUAGGGGCUCUGUAUGGUCACACUUUAGUUUGAGGACCAAUUCUCAGUAUUAACUAUGACUUUGGCCUUAAUAAAAUCCUAAUUUGCUGCUUAUUAAUAGUUAGUAAGGUAGUUGUUAAGUUUAGGUGUGAGGUAGGAUUAAGGGGUCUAAAAUAUGGUCAUGCAAUAUAAGGCAUUAAUAUGUGCUUUAUAAGUAGUAAUAAACACCCAAUAUGCUAGUAAUAUGCAUGCUAAUAAGUGACUACUUGAUAUGAAAAUUUGUCCUUAAACUAAAGUGUUACCCUCCUUAACACAUUUAAGUUUUUUUUUUUUUACCAAGGACAAUUCCAUGUAGUCCAAACGGUUCAAAUGAUGUAGAUGCUUUGGUUCUUAACAUUCUAUGAACAGUCUGCUAUUAAUAAAUCCCAAACAGAAACUUCCAUGAAAUUAUGUAAAAAUGUAAAGGCUGCAAAUAUGUCAUAUUUAGCCAUGGUUAAAAACUGGUUAAGAAAAACUGAAUGAUCAUAUGUUUAGACACCAAGUUGGAAAAAAUAAGAAAAACUGAUUUGAACGCAUGAUCUUGUUUCCACAUUAUUUAUUUAUUUAUUUAUUUUUUAUUCUGCAAAAUGGUGAUCUGAAAGCAAAAAACUAGUCAGUCAAAAAUGCAUAAUGUUCUGGCAUCAUGAUCAUCUAUUUCCAACACAUUGUGUUUGUAUUAAAUGUUGAAAAUCGUCAUUGACCAUAUUAACUGUACUGGAACAGGCUCAUUGAAAAUAAAUA